UUUUAAAAACCAGCCAUGGCAGACACUCAGACCUUAACAUCACCAGCAAUGGCUAUCAAAAGCUUCCCAGUGUUCUCUUUCUUCUUGGCGCUGCUCUUCUUCACCUCUUCUGCAAUACCCAACUACAAAUUCCCCCCUAAGGUGCCCCCUCCAAACCCAUUCUGUCCCAGAGACACACUCAAGCUGAGCUCUUGUGCUGAACUACUUGGUGGAAUGGUUAACUUGGUCGUAGGCCCGCCGCCCAAGGGCAAAUGCUGCAGCUUACUAAAAGGCCUGGUGGACUGGGAAGCUGCUGCAUGCCUCUGCACUGCAAUCAAGGCCAAUGUGCUUGGUGCCAAUUUGGAUGUGCCUGUUGCCCUUACCUUGCUGGUUGAUGAGUGCAGGAAGAAGAUCCCUGAUGGAUUCAAGUGUGUCUAGAUGCUAAAUCCCUUUCUGGUUUUCCUGCUAUGUCAACUUUAUGUAUGUCUCUUGUUUCACUCAAAUGGUAGUUUUGUCAAUUUGGGAAGCCCUUUCUGAACUUGGUCUUCAUCAUCUUCAGUCUGUGCAUGCAAGAAGUGGGUGCAGUAUUGGUGUAUGAGUUUUUGUUAUGCAGUUACUGAUGCCUGUCUGCACUUAGGCUUCAUGUUCAGUUUGUGUGUGUAAGAAGUGGAUGCUGUAUUGAUGUAUGAGCUUUUCUUCUGUUAGUUCUGAUGCAUUUCUUUUA